CAAACACCCGCAGGAAGUUGAGAUAGAACAUAACGUUCAACGUUUUUUUUGUUUUUUUGGCACUUUUAUCACAAAAGUGCAUUCCGGUCACUAUGUCCCAAUGUGUUCGUGACCGAGCGACCCUCGGAGGGUCACCCCGCCGUUGAGGCGUGGCACCCGGCCGCCACGUCUGAUUGGUCCCCCUCAACUCGCUGGUACUUUUUUGGGGGGGGGAAAGCCGCGACUUGGACUCCAGUUUUUGGUAAGGGAGUCUUAUCGCAGCAGCCAUGCCUCGAUUUACCGUCCACGUCCGAGAUGAAUGGCUGGCAGUGCCGUGCCGGGACCCCGCCAACACCAUCCGGUGGCUCGGCCACGAAGCCCUCAAACGUUACAUGAAGAACAAACCGGACGACGGGGGCAUAAAAGCGCUGAAGGACAUCCGCUUCGUGGCUCGCAGGUGCCAGGGCUCAGGUCUGCUGGACGCCGAGGACACCAUCGAUGAUGUCCUGGAGGAUAACGACUUUGUCGACCUGGCCAUCGAAGGAGACACCAUGUCCCCGGACUUCAUAUCGUGUCAACCCGGAGUGUCCCACCUCACGGCAGCCUACAGAGAGCCUGGAGAUGACAUUUAUUUGGACGGCAACAGCCUGACAUCCACAGACCUGGUCGACCUCGGCAGAGGCCUCUACAGGAUCAAGCUGACGGCGGAGGCGGAGAGGAAGGUUGUGCAAGCCCGGGAGCUUCUGGACACCAUCGUGAAGGAAAACAGAGUUGUGUACGGGAUCACCACCGGUUUUGGCAAAUUUGCUCGGACUGUCAUCCCCGUCAGCAAACUGAAGGAGCUGCAGGAGAACCUGGUGCGCUCACACUCGGCAGGUGUGGGGAACCCGUUGAGCCCGGAGAGGACCCGCAUGCUGCUGGCGCUGAGGAUCAACGUUCUGGCCAAAGGGUACAGCGGCAUCUCUCUGGAGACGCUUCACGCCAUGAUCCAGGCCUUCAACGCUUCCUGCCUCUCGUACGUCCCCGAGAAAGGCACGGUGGGUGCCAGCGGGGACCUGGCGCCACUCUCCCACCUGGCCCUGGGGCUGAUGGGCGAGGGCAAAAUGUGGUCCCCGAAGAGCGGCUGGGCCGACGCCAAAUAUGUCCUGGAGGCCCACGGGUUAAAGCCAAUAUCGCUCAAGCCCAAAGAGGGCCUGGCACUGAUCAAUGGCACCCAGAUGAUCACCUCGCUGGGGGCGGAGGCCGUGGAGCGAGCCCAGGCCAUCGCUCGCCAGGCGGACAUCAUCGCAGCGCUCACCCUGGAAGUGCUGAAGGGAACCACCAAGGCCUUCGACAGCGACAUCCACAUGCUCAGACCACACCCGGGACAAAUCGAGGUGGCCCAACGCUUCCGCUCACUGCUGGACUCUGAUCACCAUCCAUCCGAGAUAGCAGAGAGUCAUCGCUUCUGUGACAGAGUCCAGGAUGCUUACACCAUGCGCUGCUGUCCUCAGGUUCACGGCAUUGCCAACGACACCAUCCAGUUUGUCUUGAACAUCAUCAACACAGAAAUCAACAGCGCCACCGACAACCCUAUGGUGUUUGCCGAAAGAGGCGAGACUAUUUCCGGUGGGAAUUUCCACGGAGAAUACCCAGCGAAGGCUCUCGACUUUUUAGCCAUCGCCGUCCAUGAACUGGCCUCCAUCAGCGAGAGGAGGAUCGAGAGGCUGUGCAACCCCUCCCUGAGCGAGCUGCCGGCCUUCCUGGUCAACGAGGGCGGCCUCAACUCGGGCUUCAUGAUCGCUCACUGCACCGCUGCCAGCUUAGUCUCAGAGAACAAAGGUCUGUGCCACCCGUCCUCCGUGGACUCGCUGUCCACCAGCGCCGCCACGGAAGACCACGUGUCCAUGGGGGGCUGGGCUGCCAGGAAGGCCCUGAGGGUGGUGGAGCACGUGGAGCAAGUCCUGGCCAUCGAGCUGCUGGCGGCCUGUCAGGGCAUCGAGUUCCUCCGUCCACUCCGCACCACCACGCCGCUGGAGAAGGUCUACGACCUCGUGCGCAGCGUGGUCAAGCCGUGGAUGAAGGACAGAUUCAUGUCUCCGGACAUCGAGGCGGUCCACCGUCUCCUGCUAGACCAGAAGGUGUGGACCGUGGCCAAGCCUUACAUCGACAAAUACCAGACGCAGUACAUCCCAGAAUCCCGUCCCGUCUCCCCCACCGCCUUCUCCCUGGAGUCCCCGCCCUCCCCGAGGAAGCGUUGUCGUCACGAAUGAACCGAUAACAAAAGCUAAAUGACUUUGAAAACCUAGAAAAAAGUAUAACACCACAUCGACACACACGGUCGUGGUCAAAAGUUUACGUACACUUGUAAAGAACAUAAUGUCAUGGCUGUCUGGAGUUUCCAAUCAUUUCUACAACUCUUGUU